AGUGCGGGCGCGGCGAUGCCGAUACCAGGGGGCGACGGGGCCGCGGCGGCCAGGCAGCCCCCGUCCGGAGAGGCGGCGGCACCGCGGGAUGAGGAGCAGCAGGAGGAGGAGGGCGAGGAGGAUCUUCGCGACGGCGGCGUCCCCUUCUUCGUCAACCGCGGCGGGCUGCCCGUGGAUGAGCCCACCUGGGAGCGGAUGUGGCGGCAUGUGGGCAGGAUCCACCCCGAGGGGGACCGGGUGGCGCAGAGGAUCCGGGGCGCCGCCGACCUGCCCAAGAUUCCCAUACCAAGUGUGCCUGUGUUCCAGCCAUCCACCCCCAUCCCUGAGCGCCUGGAAGCUGUACAGCGCUACAUCAGGGAGCUUCAGUACAAUCACACUGGGACACAAUUCUUUGAGAUUAAGAAGAGCAGACCUCUGACUGGGCUGAUGGACCUGGCCAAAGAAAUGACCAAAGAGGCCCUGCCAAUAAAAUGCCUGGAAGCUGUGAUCCUGGGAAUUUACCUCACCAACAACAUGACCACACUGGACCGUUUCCCCAUCAGCUUCAAAACCCACUUCUCAGGGAACUACUUCCGACACAUCGUGCUGGGGGUGAACUUUGGCGGCCGCUAUGGGGCACUGGGCAUCAGCCGACGUGAGGAACUUAUGUACAAAGCACCUGUCUUCCGCACACUGAGCGAACUCAUCUUUGACUUCGAGGAGGCGUAUCGCCGCUGCUGGCACACUCUGAAAAAGGUGAAGCUGGGUCACUGUGUGUCCCAUGACCCACACAGCGUGGAGCAGAUUGAGUGGAAGCGCUCCAUCCUGGAUCUAGACAAGCUAACACGGGAAGACUUUCGCAAAGAGCUUGAGAGACAUGCCCGUGAUAUGAGGCUGAAGAUUGGGAAAGGAACUGGACCACCAUCUCCCACCAAGGACAGAAAGAAAGAUGUCUCCUCCCCACAAAGAGGUCAGGCCAGCCCCCAUCGGCGAAACAGCCGUGGGGACCGACGGCCAUCUGGUGAGAAGAAGCCUGCCGAUUCCAAAGCCAUGCCAGACCUCAACGGGUACCAGAUCCGGGUAUGAAGAGAGCUGUGCCUUGUGUGCCUGGCUCCAUGGACUUCUUGCUGGCCACAGUUGGGACCUGGAUCCACCUGCAGUGAUUCUGACAAAUGGGACAGGGGAGUGGGAGCAAAAGAGAGUGCUGAUUUUCCCAGGUACUUACUAGUGGGCCAGUCCCAGAGCUGGAUCCCAUGGGUCCCAGAGGAUUCACUCGCCUGUUUCUGGGACAGGUGACCAUCUUAAUUCACUUAAGUAUUUUUAAAAAAAAAAAGAAAAAAAAAGGAAAAAAAUCUGUACAUUACUGGGAGUUUGCUUUAGGAAGACUAUGAAGUGAAUGGGGUAGUGGACUUGCUAUCUUUGCCUUGACAGCAAGUAGAUGGAGCAUCUUGUCAACAGUACUUCUUCCCUGUGUGCACAGAAGUCUUCAACCCCUGCUAGGCCUGCAGGGCUGAGGGAGAAGUGAUGCUGGAAUGGGAUGGCCCCUGCAUCUUGUACAAAAACUCCUGGUUUUGUCAUUAUGAACACUUUGUUUAUCAUUGCUCUUGUGAGAGUAGGUCUGAAUUUGCUCAGCCUGAUUUAUUGACCAUACAAAGUCUUCUCAUCCAGAAAAAACACAUCUUGUAUGUUUAGUCCUGCCUAUUUCAAAGUAUUUCAUUGUCUCUGAGGGGGUAGACAAUGGAAUGCUGGUGAACUGUUGCUCUAAGUCCUUUGGUGGUUGAGUGGAUCAGGAUAUGCCUAUACCACUGCUACAUGAAAACAGGCAUAGAGAGCUCAAUUGUUCCAGCAAUGCAGAUGGGGCAGGUGGGGGCUGGUGGAAAACCUGAACUUCACAUUAUCUCUUCAUCAGCCUUCUCUCUAUUAACUUCUAGUGGCUGCUACUGAGAAAGCUUGUGGCAGGCACUUCAGUCACUGAGGUACGAGCUUUAAGAGUAAAAAGUUAAAGGAGGAUGUAAUCAUGUGAACAGGUUUUACAAGCAUUUUUACCUUUCCACAAGGCUCUUGCUCCUUCCUUCCUGUAGUGUUAGUGCCAGAGUUGCAUACACUUGUUUGUGAGAAGCUCUGCUCAAGGAAAUUGCAGCUGCUUUCAGGACAGCUCACCCUGGAGCCUCCUGAAAGCAGUUCCCCACCCCAGUGCCAGAGCUGUGCUUGUGUUCUGGCUCUUUGUAUAGCUGCAGUAUGUAACAGCACCACUUACACUAACCUUUCCCAAAGGGCUGGGCUGGGCCUUUCUGCCACUUGUGGCCUUUACUUCCUAUGCUUCUUUUGGGGGAGUGUUGUACUACUGCUUAAGCAUAUAAUGCUUGUCAGAAAUGGAAUAUUAUCAGACCUCUCUGUUUGAGGCCUAGGGUAUGGGAACAGUGGGAUUUCCAGAACUCAGAACAGCAUGAUCUUAAAGUGAUUUGGAUGCAUGGAUCUGGGGGAUGCAAAAACUGAGCUUGGGAGUGGGAGUAUCCUGGAGAGAAACAGUCUUGUUUUAUCACAGCACUGACAAGGAGCUAAACUUAAGUUAAUUUUGUUAGCCUGGUGGCUUAUUCUUUCCUUUCUAUGUUACAAACAUGAUGUAGCUUAGCUCUACUAGUUUUUUUUUUGGUGCAGUAUUCCUGUGCCACAUCCUCAUAAUAAGCAGAGCUAUUUUGGUGGCAGAGAAUGGGUUCUUAACGCCAAACAAAUCAGCUCUUCUGGCUAGUUAAAGCAGUUAAUCCUCGAAGCACCACCCACAAGCGAUUUAACUCAGACCUUACAGGUUCCUAAUUGUACAUCCUUAACUGUGAUGUAACUUGCAAGACGUAUCCAUACCACUGCAGUCAGUCCUUCCAAUCUCCCUUUGUAGUCUAUGCUUUUCUGCUGUGCUGUACAACCAGGAGGAAAAUCUGUAAGAAGGUGGCAAAGUUGCUGCUGAGCCCAGAGGAGGUUAAUCCAGAAGAGGAUGCCAGUUUCCACAGUGCAGUGCAACACCUGUCCACUCCCUUAUAUUCUAGCUACAUGCAACAACUGAAGUGAACAGCAGCAGUGAGCCAAGCAGCCAUUUGAACGUGUCCUCUGGUCAUUUUUGUGUGGCUGUAAAUGAACAUAUUUAGUGUCUGGGUGCUAACGAUGACGUUAGCUGUAAAGGCACCACAGCUACCUGUAAAUAAUAUGGGUCACUUGGAAGCCACAAACUGCCUUUGCAUAAUGUUUACUAUGCAGCGGACUGAAAGUUCAGAUGCCACUGUGAACCAUAUGACAAAUACAAGCAGCAGUCAGCAAGGGGAAACUGACUGUCAGGUUUUAUUAAAGUGGAUGAAAUCCAGAAUUAAAAAAAAAAUAUAUAAAAGAUGCCUAGAAUGUAUCUUCACUAUGACUUUGUUUAGUCAAUUGGUUAGUUAAUUCAAAGUAACUGGAGAGCUCUUGAGAGUAAUUAGUAGUUUACUACAGAGAGCAUUGAAUAACUGGACAGACUUGAGCUUUUUUAGAUGGAAAGAGGAAAUGUGGGGGUGGGAGAAGACUUUACAACAGAUGAGACAAGUCGGGGUAAGCUGCAAGUUAAUGAUGCUUUCUUGAGAGCAGGGCAACAGGGGUGUUCAGCAGUGUUAGAUCACCAAGGCAGAAUGGCUUAAAACAAAAUGCUUUGUUUGACUUUGUAAUUAAGAACUUUCCUGCAGGAUGUAACUGAGGUCAAUAGCUUAGAAAAAGCUAUUGGCUUAGAAAAAGCAAAGGAAAUGGAUGUUUAAGAUAUGAAUGACAGGUAGAGUUCAAGGUCUCUUAAUCCUCAGCUGCAGUUAGACAAGAACAUCCUCUUUCAAGAUCCAGUUGCACAAUUAUGUAUGUUAGGAAGUAUUUAAUUAUUUGAUUUUAUCUAAUGUUAAUUAACUUCUCAAGAUGGACACAGGAGCAGACAAGUGCACUCUGCUAGAGUUACCAUUUCAAGCCUUCUACUGUGUUUCUCUGUGUAGGAUUCCCGCUCCUUACUGCUUCUGUAUCUCCAAUUCAGCAGAUGGUACAAGAAACUGGAAAAGGACCAUAGAGUUUUCCCCCUCUUGCUCCCCCCAUCUUUGUAACAGGAUGAAUCAAUUCAAUACAAAGCUUUGCUUCCUUCCUAACAAACAAAACCACAUCCUUCCAUGACAGGGAGGAUUAAUGCAAUCUAGCUUUAUGCUGUAAGCUGAGGGUACAGUGCAAGACAAACUUUAGCACUUUGACUUCUUUCCUCCCCCACCUACCUGGUCUGGUUUCUGGUCUGUCUGCCUUUAACCAUAAGGAAAAAAGGCUGUUGAUGAGAGUCUUUUUCACUUCUGCAGGCUUUAGAGCUACAGAGAAAGAAUGCUAAUGUAAGUCAUACUCCUUUAGUGCCUGCAGAAUAAGGAAGAUGGAUCUCAAGGAGUCCUAUUAAUUUUUAAUGUUAAAUAUUAAUAGGGUCGCUCAUGUAGCUCUGUGAUGUAAAUUUCACUGUUCAGUAGGUCUCACAUGAUGUCUGUUCUGCAGUGCAAGUCCUGUGAACUCUGUGGAAAGGAGCUGUGUUUGUACUCUGGGAAUGGAUAGACACUGUUUGCAUUGUAUGUGAAGCUGAGGUGAGCUUUGAAAGACUUCAACAAAUGCUGACCUAUUACCGGUGAAACUAUUCUAAAUGUAAUGCAAACCUUGAAAUAAGGAGCCCCUCUUGAUGCUUUUAUGUAGACAAGUCCCUUACUACCUGGCCAACUGCAAGUUUUACUGAUUCAUUAGUGAGCAAAACUCUGUGCUACAGCAUCACUCUGAUACAAACUUUGUAUAUUAAAGAGUGGGGUUGGGUGUCCAUCAGUCUGUGACACGGUAACCUCUUUUUUUUUUUUUUUUUUUUUUAAUGGUAGAAGCUAAAGGCGCCUU